AUGCCCCUCUACGAGAUUGAGCACAGCAUUCCCCUCGACAAGCCCCAGCGCGAUGCCCUCGCGCAGGCCAUUACCCACAUCCACACCCGCCGGUUCACCACCCCGAGCCUGUUCGUGAACAUUAAGUUCGUGGACGCCCGAACCCAGCACAACUAUGUCGCCGGGAGGGAUAGAAGCAUCAACCGCAUCAUCGCCUACGUCCGCACCGGCGGUUCCCGCACCCACGCCGACUUCGAAGAGACCUCGCUGCGGAUUGCCCACGCAUGGGAUCAGAUUGUGAAUGCAGGCGGAAAGGUCGGGAAGGAAUGGGAGUUGAGCCGGGUGUUUGUGAUGGGGGCGAUUGUUGCGGGGCUGGAACAUGGGGUGUUAUUGCCUAAGGCAAAUGGGAAAUGGCUGGCACAAAACACGGAGAGGUUUCAAGAGCUGGCGGAGCAGGGGGAUGAGGAUUUUCGGGAGUUGGUGGAGGAGAUCACGGCGCGGGAGGAUUUGGGGAGGUAG